AUGGAUGUAAGCAAAAGCCUUGCACCCAAAAGUCCUCAGAUGAGAGAGACGAAUGUUUCUGGAAAGUUUGAGAUAAAAGUUAGUCGUGCCAACAUUCUUGAAGACUGCUAUCGCAUUAUUAGUUCUGUGACUCGAGUUGACCUACUUCGCUCAAAGCUGUGGGUAGAAUUUGAUGGUGAAGAAGUUCUAGAUUAUGGUGGUGCAUCUAGAGAAUUAUUUUUUCUCUUGUCUAAGGAAAUGUUCAAUCCAUAUUAUGGUUUAUUUGAAUAUUCAGCCGUUGAUAAUUACACGCUUCAAAUCAAUCCUGCUUCUGGUGUCUGCAAUGAAGACCAUUUAUCGUACUUCAAAUUCAUUGGUAGAAUAGCUGGCAUGGCAGUGUACCAUGGUAAACUUUUAGAUU